AUGAAUAUUUCCGAGGAAAAGUGGUCAAUUCAACAACCUUCUCAAGUUACCCAAUCUCCUCAACAUCAACAUUCUACAAUGUCACCACAGAUGAAUGGUAUGCCUACGGAAAAUUUUAUGCAACCUUUCCCAUAUGACAGUCAAACAACGCAAGGUCAAAUGCACUCUCAGCCAAUGCCCAUUCAUAACACUUAUCUUAACAUGUUUAUCCCACAAAAGCAAGAGAUUGUCAACCCACAUGAUAGGCAACCUCAAUAUCAAAGUUUUGUUUCAAUGUCUACCCCUGCUACUCCCACGACUCCUCGACAGAUUGAUUCCCCGAACGUCAAUUCAACCACAAACACACAAAAUUCUGCUCCUGAUCGUAAAAUUGAUAAUCGUCCAGCCUUCACAUCAUUUCAUGCGGCUCCAUUCCAACCGAGUGUGAGGAAACGUAGGGCUGACGCAUCUGGUUUCCCAGUAGAUGCUGGCCCUUUCUUUUCACCAACUCAACAACAUUAUAACUUAUGUAGUAUGGACAGAGCUUAUGGAUUUAAACUUCGUAUCAAUUCAAAAGUUGAUCGUGGUUUCUUUUUAGCUGAUAAUGAUUGGACUUGUUACCGAAGAAAUUAUUUUCAGAUUAGCAGUGCAUUUUCUAUCUCGAGUGCGACUCACCCUGUUAACGAAGCUGAUGUACCAUGCUUGCUUGAAGUAGAUGGUCAAUUCCAUACUGUCUCUCAAUUCUUAUUAGGAAUCACGGCACGAGUAUCCAAUAGUGAUAAAAAGAUCGAGUUAGUUCAACACACUCCAAAACGUGAUAAAGGACCUCAAAUGGUUCCAGUUCCAAAAACUAUUCGCCCUGGUGGAAACUUAAAUUUAAGUUCAGUUGGUUCUAAUUCAAACAUAGUGACUUUUGAACGUAUUCAAUUUAAAACUGCAACCGCAAAUAAUGGUAAACGUCGUGCCGCUCAACAAUAUUACGUGGUAAUGGUCGAUCUAUACGCUCAAGUGGAAAAUGGUGAACAAUAUCGGGUUGCUACGUCAACAUCGGCACCUCUAGUCGUACGUGGUCGUAGUCCUGGUCACUAUGCUGAUAAUCAUGAUCGUUAUAAUCCAAUGGGUAUGAAUCCAGCAUUUCCUAAUGAUCGUCACGUUGGUUAUCCAAAUCCAGCUGGUCCGAAUGGAUCAGUGAUGCCACAUGAUUUUAAUGGUGGACCAUUCCCGGGACCAUACGGACAGUACCCACCCUUUCAAGGGUUUCCACCAGUAACCGGUGGACCAAUGAGAAAUGAUGCUCUAUUAAUGAUGGCAGGACCAAAUGGACAAACACCACCUUUCCAUCCACAGCAUCCUCAUCAACAAUAUAUGGUAUCAAGCAUCGGGGAUGCAGAAAAUCAAAAUCCAGAAGUGUAUAAUAAUCCUAACUUGGAUCCUAAUAUUGUUAAUGGUUCACAUGAUCAAAAGGUACAUCAAGUUGCCACAACUUCUGCUCCACACUCAGCAUUUUCUAAUUUCGAAUCACGCCCAAUAUCAAAUGCAAAUUCGAAUGUCGCUGCUGUUGGUGGCAAACCAUUUAUGAAGAUUGAGAUUCCACAGUCAACAGAACUUCCUGAUCAUCCUCUCACUUCUCCAGCAUAUCAUUCACAGGAAUAUGUAGAAGGGUUACAUUUUUAUCAUACUCCUGCCAACAGUGCAUCCGCACAUCACGGAGGGUAUCAUUCUGAUGGUGAACAACCUCACAGUAAUAAUGUAAACCAAGAAAAUGGACGACAAUCAAGAUCAGACGAUUCAUCAGAGCGCAAUUCUAAUCAACCUUCUUCUCCACAAAUUAAUG